AUGUCCUCAACAUUCAGCAGAAAGUCAGGGGACUUUGGAGGAGAUACCGGGUACCUGAUGAGUAUUGAUGAUGGAUUUAAAAGUGGAAGACGAUCUUCAAGUUUUGGUAAGAAGACAAACUGCCACACAUUUUAGGGCAACAUGGAGUAUGGUAACUGUGACAGAAAAAGAGGCUGCUGUCAUUGGAAAGGCAGUGAGGUGUAUGAUAAAAUGCAGAGACAGAAAAAGAAAGGAUUUAAUACUCAUUAUGAAACUUUAAGUUACAUGUACAUAUGCUUGUUUAUAUUGUUAUUGCCUCAUUGAAUUAUUUUUUCCUCAGUGUGGUGGAUUGGAGCAAUUGCUGUGUGUCUUGUGCUUCUCCUGCUGUCUGUGAUCUUGGUGGCACACAGUAAGUACAUUUUUUUUUUUCCCAAUAAGGAAUGUAAGAACAACAAAAUCUCAAAAUCACAUGAAUGCAAAAUUCAGAGUUGAUUCUAAUAUUUUCUUUAUUUUCAAUUCCUGUUAUCUUUUUUUUUUUUUUUUUUUGCAGAUACCAAUGCUAUUAAUCGUUGGGAUGCAAAAUAUGAAAACUUGAUUAGUAACCUGACAAGAGACCAGAGCGCAUUUAAAAACAAACCAGACACACCAAAGGAUGAGCCAGACCAACAAAAAUUGAUCUCCAGCCUGACUCAAGACAGGGAUGCUCUGAGAAGUGAACGAGAUUCUCUAAAACAGGAACGCGAGGCUCUAAAAGAAGAGCGAGAAUCACUCAAAAGUGAGAGACAUCAACUGCAGAACCAUACAGGUGACCUAACUAAAGAAAGAAAUGCCCUGAGGGAUGAACGAACCGCCCUGAAAGAAGAGCAAAAGGAACUGAAGAGUCUCUCCAGCAGCCUGACCACAUACAAAGACGCUCUGCAAGAAGAACGAGAUGCUUUAAGAAACGAGAGAGGUGCUCUCAAAAACACGCAAGACCCUCUGAAGUGUCCAACUCUCAACCUGACCGAUGACAGAAAUGCUCUGAGAGAUGAGCGAGAUGCUUUAAGAGUGGAGAGAGAUCAGCUAAAGAUGCGCACGGGUAACCUGACAAAAAAGCUUGAGGAUCUGCAGAGCCAAUACCACAUAGCGACUGGACUACGCGACAGGCUUCAAGAGGAAUUGAAUACCCUCAAACUCAAUCAAACAAGUAAGAAAUGUACUUCAACCCCAAGAGAUUUGGUUGGACCAUGAAAUGUAUGCAACACUAAUCAUUAAAUGCAUUGGUCAGGACAUUGGGGUUAUAUUUACUGACACAAUGUGAGUUGGAGAUAGAUUCUUUGCUGGUCUUUCUCUUCAGGUUUGCAAAGCCCAGUUAAUGAUGAAUCUUAUUGGUCCGUAGACUCCCCUUUGUCUAAGGUCCAACCCUCUGUUAAACUUUAAACAGAUGCUACAUUACUACAUACUUUCAUCUCUCAUUUAAAGUACAGGCUUUUUGCAGAAUGAUUCAAUGAAUUAAACUGUUAAAUUUGACCAUCCCCUGAUAUCUUGCACAGUUCGGUAAUAACCAUUUGACAGCACAGGCUCACUUGAUGGUUUUGGGGAUAUGAGUAGGUACAGCGUAUUUUAAAGCCCUUUGAGGAAGUCAAGUAAUAAAAAACAAAACAAAAGGAAAAUCAGUGUACGUUCCCCAAUAACACAAAGCAGUUUGUAGACACUCAAGCCUUGGUGUAUUACAUCAUAUCAUAUUAGACUUCUUCUUUUAUAGGCGGCAAACACAAUCAUUGAAGAGUAGUUAUGAGAAAUCUGCAUUUGUUGUUCAAAAACAUCAUUUAUGAUUUUGACAUGAUAUACUGUAUAUAUAUGAUUGUGCAAUGAUGGAAGUCAGUUUACACACAAGAGCUUCCAAAACUCACUGCUACAUUUGUGUUUUUCUCUAGAUAAAACUUGCCUCGCAGGAUGGAGCCUGUUCAACAACCGGUGCUACUAUUUCUCUGGAAGUGGACAAGCAGAAAACUGGCAAAAAAGCAGAGAAGACUGCCAGGCCAGAGGAGGGGACUUGGCAAUGCCAAAAACAAAAUCAGAGCUGACAUUUGUCAGCAAAAGUCACACCUAUACCUGGAUCGGUCUCUCGGACCAGUCAGAAGAAGGUGUGUGGCAGUGGGUGGACGGGACUUACCUGGAUAAUCAAAGCUUCUGGAAAAAAGGAGAGCCGAAUAACAGUGGGAAUGAGGACUGUGUUGAGGUUGCAGGUGAUAAGGUGAAAUUGAAUGAUGCAACUUGUGAUACAAAAUUUUCAUGGGCAUGUCAGAUUUAA